CUCGAUGUAUGUGCAGCACAGAGGCGUUACAAAUAACCGCGAGACAAGAGGCACGUUUCCGGUUUCCUUAUUUUCCCGCCGUAUCUCUUUCACGACGGCUAGUCAACUCAAUCAAUCCAAAAGAUUCUGAGUUUUUUGGUAACUGUUCAUGGAGUCUAAUCUGAAUCAACUCUUCGUUUGCUAACUGCAUCUCUAUCCAAUUCUCUUCAAAAAAUGGCUCUUCAAUUACUAGCACCGAUCUCCGCGAAACAUAUACUAGUUGUCUUUCUUCUGUUCUGUGGUGGUAUCUCUUUCCCUCUCAGAUGUUCAGGUGAUGGGAGUAAAGAAAAGGAGAAAACAUUGGCGAUAAUAAAACCAGAUGGUUUGGCUGGUAACCAUACCAAUAAGAUAAAGGAAAUUAUUCUGGACUCUGGCUUCGGCAUCUCCAAGGAAAUGGUAGUUCAGCUUGACGAGGAUUCGGUUAAACGCUUUUACGUUGAGCACUCAUCAAAGAGCUUUUUUCCAAGCCUUCUUAAAUACAUGACAAGUGGCCCAGUGUUGAUUAUGGUUCUAGAGAAAGAAAAUGCUGUUGCUGAUUGGCGUGCUAUGAUUGGACCAACUGAUGCACGCAAGGCUAAGAUUACCCAUCCUUACAGCAUCAGAGCCAUGUGUGGGCUGGAUUUGCAACGAAAUUGUGUUCAUGGUUCAGACUCACCCGACUCUGCUGCUAGGGAGACAUCUUUUUUCUUUAAAGAAUCAUCUUCAGUUGUUUCAAAGCAUGAUGAAUUAUAACUGGAAAACACAUGGGGAAUACUUGUAUACUUGUAUGGACAAAAAUGCACUGCUGUGCCUUCUAACUUCUACAGAAACUGGGCGAGGCGAUCACGGCACCCGAUUGUGUGUGUUCCACAGGAAACUUCUUUCCAUUCCAUCCUUGCAUUUCAUAACACCUGUUUUUGCUCCUCUUCAUUAGUUUUUUCGCUGCCGGUUUAUGGUGUUACCCUGAUCAUGGAACUAUCUGAAUUCUCAGUACACUACUGUAAUUAUUCUCGAGUACAUUUUUCCCAAUCGUUGGUAUUUCGCCAGUUUCAGGUUGUAAUGUCUACCAAUUGGUCAGCACAUGUUUAACAAGAGGGGAAAAUGAGUUAAAGAAUAUGAAACUUAUGAUUAGCAAAAGUGAAUACGGAACUUAUGGUUUUUUUCCUAGUUCAGUGGUAUGUGGCAGUCUA